GGGAUAGCCAUGAGCAGCACUACAACGAAGUCAUUUUUCAGUGCCCAGAGCUGCUGGAGGUUGCCAGCAUUCAACUUGUCCUCGGGGAAAUUGCAGCAGCAGCUAAGCAAGGGCGAGUUCCCUCUCUUCCAGGAAAUACCAAUAUUUGAGAGUGAUUUCAUUCAGAUCAGCAAAAAAGGAAAGGUAAUUGAUGUGCACAACAGUGUGCAGAUGGUGACUGUGGGCAUUGCAGCCACCAGUCCCAACCUCACAAUACCUGAUGUCAUGUUGCUGGCACAACCAACUUCAGGCUAUGCAGGCAGCAACAAACAUAGUGAAGAUACCUAUGGGAAGGAUGAUAAAUCCAUGAGGACCUUAGAAUUGAUCAGGUUGCUUCCUUUGAAGUUUGUGAAGUUGUCCAUCCAUAAUUGUGAGGAAAAUCAACUGCACUUGCAGCUUAUCACUGGCCGCUCUUUCUACCUACAACUGUUCCCCCCUUCAGAUGUAAAAGAAGACCUAUUUGCAUACUGGGAGGACCUAGUUUACCUCCUGAGGCCACCAGUGGAAGCUUACAGUGGCACUCAAGCUGAGCCAGCUGGUGACAUAGAAGACCUGUCACCUGAGUUAGAGGAAGAAGAUGAGAGCCUAGCAGCCAUGGAGCUUCAUGGAAUAGGGGACCAAGAUCAGCCCAGUAUCAGGAGCUUUCCCAUGUUUCCAGAGUUGUCCGGGGCCAGCUCACCUGCUUAUGCUGGUGGAGAAGGGAUCCAACAACAAUUCUCUAACACAUCCUACAUGGAGAUGGAUGCCCACUCAUCCACAGAGUCUGACAAAAGACCAACAUCAGUAACCACUAAGGAUAGCAUAACCUUAGUUGUAGAAUCAGAAAUAACCAGCAGACCUGUCUCAGAGACAAAUGAUUGCCCCCAAAUAGAACCUUUGUUCUCAGCCUGGCAGACUAAAGGCAACACAAAUGAAUAAGAUGGAGUCCAGACAACCUCUUAACCCCAAACUGAAGUCCUGGGGAAGAAACAUAAAAAGGAGAGAAUUCCCAGUAAAAGAUCUUCUCAUCCUGGUAGGAGAGAGGAAGAUAAAGCAAGCCGGAGAGUCCACAGAACCACUAGAUGAAGUAGAAAAAAGACCCAGAAUGUCCCAAGAGGCCAAAAACAUGGCAUCACUGCCAAGCUCCACUCUACCCAGAAGAGGUUUAGGUGUGUAGCUA